AUGUGGCGAGGCAGAAACAAUGGUGCACGUGUGGCUGUUGUGGAAGGCGAAGUGCAUGUCGAGCGGGUGGAGAAUCUCGAGCUUAUUGUCAAGAUCGGGAUACCGUCGCCGGCGCCGCCGCCGCCGCCGCCGACCAGUGACGGGAACCAGCAGCUGGGGUGUAACGUGGACCAGCAGGCUGCAGAUUUCAUCAGGAGGAGCAAGGAGAGGUUCCGAGGGGAAGGUGGGAGCAACGGUCAGAUCUAA